AUGGGGAGUGAAAUGGUAAACCUAUAUGUGCCUUUUACCAGGAGAAGGAAAGUUUCACCAAAUGGAGAAUGCACUCAGGAAAACCUAGGCAGGGUGAAGCGUCUCGGAUGCUUUGACCAUGCUCAGCGGCAGCUUGGGGAACGCUGUCUGUAUGUCUUCCCAGCCAAGGUAGAGCCGGCCAAGAUUGCCUGGGAAUGUCCAGAAAAAAACUACGCCCAGGGGGAGGGCUCUAUGGCCAAGAAGGUGAAGUGCCUAUUAAAGAAGCAAGUUGUGAGGAUCAUGUCUUGCACCCCAGACACCCAGUGUCCCAGAGACCAUUCCAUGGAGGACCCAGACAAGAAAGGAGAAGCCAGAGCCAAGAGCGAAGCAGGGUCUGUGAGCCCUGAGGAGCCACCAGAUGGGUCAGCCAGCCCUGUGGAGAUGCAGGAUGAGGGUCCAGAGGAGCCUCAGGAGGCAGGCGAACCACUGCCCCCUUUCCUGUUGAAGGAGGGCGGAGAUGAUGGGCUGCACUCGGCUGAGCAGGAUGCAGAUGAUGAGGCCGCUGACGACACAGAUGACACCAGCUCGGUGACCUCCUCUGCCAGCUCCACCACCUCCUCCCAGAGUGGAAGUGGUACAAGUCGUAAAAAGAGUAUUCCCUUGUCCAUCAAGAACUUAAAGCAGAAACACAAGAGGAAGAAGAGUAAGAUCACUCUUGACUUCAAGCCAGGGGACAGCCAUCAGUGGGCCACGUGGCCCGUGUGGACGUCAGCAGCAAGGUGGAGGUGGUAUGAGCUGACAGCUCAAAAACUAUCAUCCUGCCACAGGCCCUUAGCUGGGCUCCUGCUUGGGGAGGAAGUGGGGCAAAGGGCCUGUCGUGGAGACCUGGGGACCUCACAGCAUAGUAAGGGCUUCAGCUGGAAAGUUGAAAACAGAAAAGGGAGGAAGGGGAUCUCCAAGGCCUCAGCAAGUCAGGUCGGGGACCCCAGAGUGCCUCAGAGUGAGUUCCUGUCUGAAUUGCUGUUGCGCUCUCUCCCCCAGCACUUCUACACCAUUGAGUCUGAGAUUGAGGAGUCAGACUACGAUUCAGUAGAAGGCAGCACCAGUGGGGCAUCCUCGGACGAGUGGGAGGGCGACAGUGACAGCUGGGAGAUAGACAAUGGGCUGGUAGACGAUGAACACCCCAAGACAGAGGACCCCCCCAUCCUGCCCAUGGAGCAGCCAGCAGCCCCUGAGGAGGACAAGGGGGUGGUGAUCAGUGAGGAGGCUGCCACAGCUGCCAUCCAGGGGGCUGUGGCCAUGGCGGCCCCCAUGGCAGGGCUGAUGGAGAAAGCUGGUAAGGAUGCGCCUCCCAAGAGUUUCCGGGAACUGAAAGAGGCCAUCAAGAUCCUGGAGAGCCUCAAGAACAUGACAGUGGAGGAGCUACUCACGGGCUCCCCCACCUCACCCACUGUGGAGCCUGAGAAGCCAACCUGGGAGAAGAAGUUUCUGGAUGACAUCAAGAAGCUUCAGGAGAACCUCAAGAAGACCCUGGAGGAGGAGAAGAUGGAGGCGGUGCCCGACACAGAACGCAAGGAUGACAACCCUGAGGGGCAGUUGCCGGUGAAGGUGGAGUGGCCCAGUGAGACACCUGUGCUCUGCCAGCAGUGUGGCAGGAAACCUGGAGUCACCUUCACCCGCACCAAGGGCGAGGUCUUCUCUGUGCUGGAGUUUGCACCCUCAAAUCACUCUUUCAAGAAAAUUGAGUUCCAGCCUCCAGAAGCCAAGUUCUUCAGCACAGUACGGAAGGAGAUGGCUCUGCUGGCUACCUCACUCCCUGAUGGCAUCAUGGUCAAGACUUUUGAGGACAGAAUGGCAAGUGGGCUAGUGGGAGCUUGUGGCUGCCUGAACCCUAACCUGUAUGACAAUGGGAAGGUGUGCGUCAGCCUCCUGGGUACCUGGAUUGGAAAGGGGACGGAGAGGUGGACGAGCAAAUCCAGCCUUCUCCAGGUGCUCAUCUCCAUCCAAGGUCUGAUCCUGGUGAAUGAACCAUACUACAACGAAGCUGGCUUUGACCUUGCCCGGGGCCUGCAGGAAGUAUGUGAGAACAGUCGCUGCUACAAUGAAAUGGCCCUAAUCCGAGUGGUGCAGUCCAUGACACAGUUGGUACGGAGGCCUCCGGUGUUCGAGCAGGAGAUCCGGCAGCACUUUAGCACUGGGGGCUGGCGGCUGGUGAACCGCAUCGAGUCCUGGCUGGAAACCCAUGCCCUGCUGGAGAGGGCCCAGGCACUGCCCAACGGGAUCCCUAAGGACAGCAGUUCUCCAGAGCCACCAGCUGCAGCUGAGCUCUCAGACUCCUGCCGUGAAGAACCUGAGGAUGGUGGGAUGACCCUUGGGGAGGUCUCCCAAGGCUCAGACUCAGAGGGUGGUGCCCAAGGCCCAGCCUCAACCAGCAGGGACCACACGGAGCAGACUUCUGAGACAGCUCCCGAUGCAUCCGUGCCACCCAGUGUGAAACCAAAGAAACGGAGAAAGAGCUACCGAAGCUUCCUGCCCGAGAAGAGUGGCUACCCCGACAUCGGCUUCCCCUUCUUCCCCCUCUCCAAGGGCUUCAUCAAGAGCAUCCGGGGCGUCCUGACACAGUUCCGUGCUGCCCUGCUAGAGGCAGGUAUGCCUGAGAGCACAGAGGACAAGUAGCCACCAGCCCUAGAGGAGGAGCCUCACAGUGGGAUAGGCCAGCCGCUGCCUGCCCCCUCCCUCCCUGGAAU